ACAGUCUCAACAAAUACAGGUACUGUAUGCCUUUGUCCGUCUCCGUGCCUUCUCUUCAAUUCCACUCGAGAGGAGUUCAUGGCCGCCUCAGAAAAACGUAAAUUAAUUCUUACUUCAAUGAAACCAUGAAGAAAAUCAAGCGAGGAAAUCACAAAAUAAAUUCUGUAGGGGGGGAGAUAUAGAAUUUAUUUUGUGAUUUCCUCACUUGAUUUUCUGUUUUUAUGCGUUAUUUUCCAUUUUUGUAGUUUCAUUUAAGUACAGUAAUAGUUGGUUUACGUUUUCAGAGGCGGAUCAUGAACGCAUCUCAAGUUGAACAGACGACUCUCGAGUUGAAUGGAAGACUGAGCUCCUGUAAGGAGGAGAUAAAGCCCCCCGGCAGGGCACCGCAACUGUCGCCUUCCGACUUCCUGGACAAGCUCAUGGGACGAACAUCGGGAUACGAUGCCCGCAUCAGACCCAACUUCAAAGGCCCACCCGUAAAUGUCACCUGCAAUAUUUUCAUCAACAGCUUUGGUUCCAUCACCGAAACCACCAUGGACUACAGGCUGAAUGUGUUCCUACGCCAAAAAUGGAACGACCCCCGUCUGGCGUACAGCGAAUACCCGGACGACUCGCUGGAUCUGGAUCCGUCUAUGCUGGACUCCAUCUGGAAGCCCGAUUUGUUUUUUGCCAACGAGAAGGGUGCCAACUUCCACGAGGUCACCACUGACAACAAACUACUCAGGAUUUUCCAGGAUGGCAGCGUUCUGUACAGCAUCAGGCUUACUCUCAUCCUGUCCUGCCCCAUGGACUUGAAGAAUUUCCCCAUGGACAUUCAGACGUGCACCAUGCAGCUUGAGAGCUUCGGCUACACCAUGAACGACCUGAUCUUCGAGUGGCUUUCUGAGAAUCCCGUCCAAGUAGCCGAUGACCUCACCCUGCCCCAGUUUGUGCUUAAAGACGAGAUGGAUUUGGGCUACUGCACUAAGUAUUACAACACAGGUAAAUUCACCUGCAUUGAGGUGAAGUUCCACCUGGAGCGUCAGAUGGGCUACUACUUGAUCCAAAUGUACAUUCCUUCUCUCCUCAUCGUCAUCCUCUCGUGGGUGUCUUUCUGGAUCAACAUGGACGCCGCCCCCGCCAGGGUGGGCCUGGGCAUCACCACUGUGCUCACCAUGACCACGCAGAGCUCCGGCUCACGGGCCUCCCUGCCAAAGGUGUCCUACGUGAAGGCCAUUGACAUCUGGAUGGCGGUGUGUCUUCUGUUUGUGUUUGCUGCCCUGCUGGAGUACGCAGCGGUCAACUUUGUCUCGAGGCAGCACAAGGAGUUCAUCAGGCUGAGGAAAAAGCAGCGGCAGCAAAGAAUUGAACUCGCCUGUCUGAACGGGAGUGUCGAGUCGUUGCGGAACGUGAACGUCAUUCCCGCUAGCGAUACCACCUGCAGGAAUGUGACUGAGCACUGGAGCGCCUGUAUCAGGGACGAGGAGAUGUUGCGGGAGAGCCGCGGAUUCUAUUUCCGUGGUUACGGUUUGGGCCACUGCCUGCAGUCCAAAGACGGCACCGCCGUGGAGGGGCCCACCGUUUUCGGCCCAUCGCCUCCCGUGACGGCGCACGACGGCGAGUUCCUCCACAAGCGCUUCGUGGACCGAGCCAAGCGCAUCGACACCAUCUCCAGAGCUGUCUUCCCGUUGAGCUUCCUCAUCUUCAACAUCUUCUACUGGGUCACCUACAAAGUGCUGCGACACGAGGACAUCCAUGCCAAUUUGUAAAGAACAUCCACCUUUCUACAGACUUUGCCGGGAUUUGCCUCCAAUGCGGCGAGGAGCAGGAGCGUUCCUCUUGGAAUUGGGACUGAAAGCUAAACCCAAGAGCAUCUCUGGGCGCUCGAGAGUGUUCAAAGCCAAAAGAAAAAAAUGGAACCGACUGGUUUCAGGAUGAAGUGUUUGCCUCUGGUUCGAUUACGUCGGCGGAUUCUUGCCGGUGAUGUCACCGAGUGAGGACCGGUGAGACUUGAGUUUCGACACUUUGUGUCUCUGAAUGUUUUCCAAAAUUCAAAUAGCAGUGGCUUUUUCUACACUUUUCGUUCAACAGGCAAGGGUGACUGAAAAGGGUCUUUCAUAAUGACAUUAUCUAUAGAUAUAUUGACAGUGUAGAAAUUGUAAAAUAAUUUUGAAAAAGCUGUUGCCAAAACCGCACAAAGCACAAAUAGAUUUUCAUUUUGAGUCAAAAUAAAAUGCUUUUUUUUUGUCUGACAGGAUGAUUGAAUUCCUUUUGAAUCAAAUAUAUUCAUUCAUCCAUUACAUUCGCACUUAUAUACAGUAAAUUACCACAUAUCUGUGUUUUGGCAUUUGCAAAUUCACAAUUUUUUUUAAAGCUAUCCUCUUUUAUUUGCCCAAAAUUAACUUAUUCCGUUUUAAGUGUUUUCUUCCAUCUUUGUACUAAGGAACUGUGUUGAAGGGAGUUGAGGAGUUGCAUUUGGACUAAAGUGGUGGUUUGCUGCCAUCUUAAGUCCAAGUAAUGAUGGUGAAGUGGAUUGAGGAUCUUCCUUUUGACAAAAGUUGUGUUUAGCUGCCUUCUUGGAAUCUCCAGGAAAUUAUAAGGCCAGUUUCAUGCAGAUUUUUGGUAUUUGUGGCAGCACUUGUUCCGUAUCUCCCAUGAAUAGCUGGGGUCGACUGUAGUUCAAUUUCCACUUGCGAUCAGGUCCAAUUUUCACUUAAGUGAUCAUUUUGUGAAGAAUUUUGUCAGUUGUUUGGAAUUGAUUAAAUAUGGAGUGAACAACUUGGUUGUUCAUGAUUCAGUUCUAAAGAGACAUGUAAAAAAUGUUGACAAUUCAAUGUUCAUUAUUUCAAAAACCCACUAUUUAUUUCAAUAAAAUGCAAAACAAUAAAUAAUAUUAAUAAUAAUUCAUCUAUAACUGCUUCAGACAACAAAGUGUAUGCAGAAAAGUGGUGAAGAUUGCACGACUGUCUGUGUCCUAUGUGUUGUGUUGUGUUCUUUUUGUUAUUUUGACUUCAAAAUGGCGCCGCGUGAGUGGCUGCCUUUCCAGCAGCUCCUAUAUUUUGUUGUUCUAUAUCUUCCCUUCAUAACUUUGCUGCUGUGAAUCGGGAAUUUCUCCAUUGCGAGACUAAUAAAGGUUUUCUUAAUAAGUUCUAUCA